AUGAGAAGCGACUUGGUCAACACACAACUCGUACGGCACAAGCCAAGAGUGCCUCGACCAAGUAAAGUCUUCUAUAGUUCGUCUUACACCGGUCGUGAACGAUUAAUUAGCAAACAAAAAGACCUCCCGGAUAAAAUUCGAUCACGCACUUCAUUUCACCGUACAGUCAAGCAGUUUACUACAAACGGGAGUGUUCAACCGCAAAAAAGAAAAAUGACUUUAAAAAUAUACACAUUAUUUGUGUGUAUAUUAGCAGUGACCGCCUACAGACUCCCUAACAAUGUGAUACCGGAAAAUUACAAUUUAGAAAUCCUUUGCCAUCUAGGCGAAAAGGACAAUUUUGGAUUUGAUGGCCAUGUGAAAAUACAGACCCACUGCGUCAAACCCACAGACAACAUAACCCUCCACACGAAGAACCUUACAAUCCACGAAAACAACGUCAGCGUUCGAGACGUCUCGAGCAACGAUCACAAACAAAUCAAAAUAAAAAAAGUCGACUUCGAUGUCGACAACGACUUCAUCGUCAUCAACCUAUCGCAACCACUGGUGGAAGACCACAGUUACCUGGUGGAAAUCAAGUUCAACGGGACCCUGAACGACGAGCUGGCCGGGUUCUACAGAAGCAGCUACGUCGACCAGAAGACCAAGGAAAAAAAAUGGGUGGGGGUCACGCAAUUCGAGGCCACCAGCGCCAGAAUGGCCUUCCCGUGUUUCGAUGAGCCGGAAAUGAAGGCCACCUUCGACAUCAGCAUCGGGAGGAAGGACGGUUUAAGCGCCAUCAGUAACAUGCCGCUUAGAGAAACAGUUCCUGUUAAAGAAAAAGAAGGCUGGUUUUGGGAUAGAUUCGAUACAUCAGUACCAAUGUCGACAUAUCUGGUAGCUUUCUUGGUAUCAGACUUUGCUUACAAAACUGGCGAACCCAUUCAGGGGAGCAAUGUCACCUUCAAAAUAUGGGCUAGAAAAGACGCUAUCGAUCAAGUUGAAUUUUCCAAGGAAACUGGUCCGAAGGCUUUGGAAUACUACGAGAAAUUCUUCAACAUAAAAUACCCUCUCCCGAAACAAGACAUGGUGGCCAUUUCCGAUUUCAGCGCCGGUGCUAUGGAGAAUUGGGGGUUGAUCACCUACAGGGAAGCCUUACUGCUGUACGACCCCAAGGUAACCUCAAAAAGCAGUCAGCACCGCAUCGCGAGCGUUAUUGCUCACGAGUUGGCCCAUCAAUGGUUCGGAAAUUUGGUCACCAUGAGAUGGUGGACUGAUUUAUGGUUGAACGAAGGUUUUGCCACUUACAUGGCUGCCGUUUGCGUCGAUCAUUUGUACCCUCAAUGGAACUCUUUGGAGGAGGAGUCGGCUAGCAACAUGUUAAGCGUGUUUUCACUGGAUUCCCUGAGGAGUUCUCACCCAGUAUCAGUCCCCAUUGAAAACCCGAAGGAGAUAGACGAGAUUUUCGAUACUAUAUCGUACAAGAAAGGUUCUUCCUUGAUCAGGAUGAUGAUGAUGUUUCUGGGCGAUGAAGUUUUGAGAGUGGGGGUCAGCAACUACCUCAAAAAGCACGAAUACGGUAACGCACAGCAAGACGACCUCUGGCAAUCGUUGACAGAUGAGGCCCACAAACAAGGCGCUCUAGCGAAGAAUUUAACAGUAAAAGAGAUCAUGGAUACUUGGACAUUACAAACCGGCUACCCUGUUAUCAACGUUGCCAGAGACUACCCUACAAAAUCAGCUAGGAUAACUCAAAAACGAUUUUUACGCGAUGUUGAGAGCCCAGCAGAGAAGACAAAGCCUUGUUGGUGGGUACCUCUGACAUACUCCUCUGCAAGUGUACCCCACUUCAACGAGAGUGUACCGAAACAUUGGCUAUCCUGCCCGCUUGAAGAAGCGAACCUGAAAAACCUCGCGGGUGAAGAUGAAUGGGUGAUCUUCAACAACCGACUAGGCGGAAUAUACAGAACGAACUACGACGAAAAGAACUGGAAUUUACUUGUGAAAGAACUGCAAACCAACUCUGAAACAAAAAUACCCAUCGCCAAUAAGGUACAACUGCUGAGCGAUGCAGGCGAUUUGGCCUACAUCGGGGACCUAAAAUACAACAUCUUCUUCGACUUAGUCAAAUACUUGCAUAAAGAGCAAGAUUAUCUGCCGUGGAAGACGGCUCUGGGCAAAAUCGGGAAAAUCGAUUCGUUCCUGGAGAAAAAACCGAUUUACGGCGAGUUCAAAGAGUACAUGAAGCAACUGUUACAACCGAUGUACUCGAAGAUGGGAGGUUUUAAAGUAGCAAAAGCCAAAUCCGACUUGCUACAACAAAUCAAGCUGCAAACUUUGAUUACAAGCCGGUCCUGCCGAUUCGAAGUCGACGAUUGUGUUAAAGAAGCCAAGGAGCAGUUUGAAAACUGGAUGAAAGUUGCUGACAAGGAAAAUCCAAUUGACCCAGAUCUGCGAGGAGUAGUCUACUGCACGACCUUGAAGCAUAGCGGAGAAAAAGAAUGGGACUUCCUCUGGAAACAGUACACGAUCUCAAACGUUGCAACAGAAAAAAAUUCUAUUCUCUCGGCUUUGGGUUGCAUAAAAGAUCCGAAAAUAUUGCAGAGAUACCUGGACUGGACUCUGGAUAAAAAAUCUGGAAUCAGGGUGCAAGACAUCCCUCUAGUUUUUGGGGCAGUAGCAAGAAAUGAGGUUGGGUUUAAGUUGGCUAAAGAGUUCUUCUACAAGAGUAUUGCGACCCUUCAAAAGAUUUUGCAACCUAACAGAAAAAUAGGACGAUACCUGAGUUCAUUGGCCAACCAAAUUGAUAAUGAGGGCGAGUUUGAAGAAUUUAUGAAAUUCGUCGAGAAGCAUGAAAAAGAGUUGUCGGAAAUCAAAAAAACUGUUCAGCAAUCAUUGGAAACGAUUCGUAUUAACAUUCAAUGGCAGAGAAAGCAUGCGGAUGAAAUUAAAGAUAUUUUGCCCAAAUAUUAUAGAAAACUAUAAAUUAUAAGUGUAAAUAAGUUAAUUUUAUUAAAUAGUAUAAAUAA